AUGGAUCGCCUUGUCGCCGCCCUCCGCAGCUUCCGGUCCAACUCGGAGUCGGUGAUGAACGGGAUGUGCGGGGUGCUGGCCCUGGCGAGCGUGCGGCUGUACAGUGCGCUGCCCCUCCGCUGCCCGUGUGUGCCGGGCUACAACGCGCUGUACGGGGCGUCGAUGCUGCUGCUCCCCGCCGCCACCCUCUUCCUCUGCGGCGUCGCCCUCAACCGGCGCUGGCUGCUGCUGCUGCGGGAGUGGCGGCGGCCGGAGGGCGGCCGGCCCCGGGACCGGGCGGCUCUGCGCUACCUGCUGCUCGGCGUGGUGCGGGGCGCCGCGCUGCCCCCGGCCGCCUGGAUCAUCGUUGCCCUGCUGGACGGUAAGUGCGUGGCCUGCCCCUCGCCACCUACCUGGAACCCGGCCGCUUCGCCAAUGUCAGCGGCUACCCCGAGGCCGAGCUGCGCGCCGCCCUGGCGCGCGUUCCCUGCAGAGACCUCGCCCCCGGGACCCUGGCCCGACCCCCGCCCUUCCCCAGGAAGGUGGCCUACAGCUCAGCGGUGCCGGGGCCGAGGCGGUGCAGAGACCGGGGUCUCCUCCCUGGAGCAGAAAGAUCCGGGGAGAUUCCAAGGUCCGGGGGGAUCUGGGAGCCGCGGGCUGGAGAAGGCUCUGGGCUGGACCACCCUGUUCCUGCUGAUCUUGUGGGCUUUCUUCGCUCGCUCCCUGAGGCCGUGCUCCCCACACGACAGCUUCCUGCAGAGCUGGUACUGGGGCAACUACCUGGACCUGGAGCAGAAGGUCUUCGAGGACAUGUGCCUGGAACAUGCCCAGGCGUUGGCGCAGCGGAGCGUCAGCCAAUUCUUCCUCAGUGCGCAGAGUUCUCCGGGGGAGAGGGGGGAGAGGCGGCCGAGCAUCUGCACGGCAUCACCAACAAAGACCAGCUGA